AUGUGGGUGCCUUCGUAUGCGCAUGUUGGUAUGCAUAGAUGCAUCUGUGCCACGUGGCGUGGCUGUGGCUGUGGGUGCUACAAUCUAGAGCAGAACCAGAGGCCAUAUUUGGGCACGGCAGAAAAUCUGCUCUCCUCUGGACAGGGCGGUAUCAGCCUUGAAGGAGGGGGCCAGAGCGGCAGAGCCCGCCUCGACUCGGAGGUGUGGCAGAGGCUGGACAAGCACCAGCGGAGGACACCAGGAGGAGAUCCCCGGCAGCACAGGUCAGCCUGCUCUGGGGCUCCAUUGUUCCACCUGCCCCAGGCAGCCCCAGCACGGGGGCCAGCGUUUUCUGUUUCGAUGUCGGUGGACACGAGGCGUGGAGCCCACAAUCAAGGAAGAAAAAAAACUGAGAGUAAGAAUGCAGAAAACCCAGGAAGUAAAGAAAGGGAUGGAGAAAUUGAUGAUGAAGGACUGGAUUCCCCACAAGAAAUGGGAGAUGAAGUUAUAGAGAUAACAGAAAAGGUGAUGGAUCAGGAUAAUGGCAAGAAGAUGGUGGCCACUGAUGCCCUAAAUAAUGGGGAAUUUCAGAAAGUCAUUGAUUUACCCACAGAAACCAUCAGAUCAAAUCCUCAUUUGGAUUUAUAUGCCAAGAGAGCCAGUAUGUUUAUAAAACUCCAAAAGCCCAAUGCUGUGAGCAGAGAUCGUGACAGAACCAUUGAAAUAAACCUUGACUCUGCUCAGCCUCUUAAGUGUCAUGGGAGACUCCUCAGCCACUGGGAGGAGUUGGCUCAUGAUCUUGCCAUCACUUAUAAAUUGGACUAUGAUGAAGAUGCCAAAAGCACUGAACAUGAGCCAACCCAAAGGAAGGAAGGAACCCAGAGAACUGGAGGGUCCCAGUUUGGCUCUUUCUCCAGGUUUCCUGGAGGCCUGGCUAGGAUCUUUAGAAGCAUGCCUGGCAUAAGAGGGGCCAUGCCUGGCAUGGCAGCAAUGGCAGAGCUCAGUGAAAUCCUUGGUGACCCAGAAGUGAUUGCAGCCAUUCAGGACCCAGAAAGUUCCAGGUGGUGUUCCAAAAUGUGUUCCAAGUUGUGUCAUCUGUCCAAUUAUAAGAGCAGCCCAAAGGUAAUGAGUCUCCUCAACAAAUUGUCUGCCAAAUCCAGAGGUCAGUCACAAAUGUUCUUUUAA